CGGAUACAGGGAGAAGGAAUAAUGUUGUACAAAACGGCGUAGUGUUGUGAGCCUCGUGUAGCAUAGUGCGAUGAGUGCAAAGGCUGGAGCCAGCAAGGUCAAAGAACCGCCUUCUGUGAUGUGAAUUCCAUUCUGCGUCUAAAAAAAAAGCAUAUUUACGGAGCAUAAUACAGCAUUAGCAUUAACGUCGCAGCGAAAUACUUUCCAUAUUUCUCGCAAAACAGUGAUUUCUCCUGAUUCCCGAUUUUGCCUAUCAAAAAACAACAAAACAUCAAUUAUCGACUUUUUUGACUGUCAAGAAGCGGUGGCAUUACAACGUAUACACACGCCCCGAAAAUUGCGGGCCCGUCUUUGAUAAAACGCACAAGCAUUUAAUUGUCAAUCCUUUUCUUUCACUAUACAUUUCACCCACUUUGCGUAUACUCUUGAUAAUCGGUUCGGUGUGUGUGUGUGUGUGGGUGGGAGGAAAUUUCGUGCCGACCCGACUCGAAAGCCCACAUACAUUCCGCAUCCGCCCCAUUUGGGAGAAAGAUGGGAAUCGCUGGCCCACCCCAGACGAUGGCGAUGACUAAGUGCAGUGCCGGGAAGUCUCAUUGCUUUGAUUCGCCUUCCGUUCUACACGAAUGUCAACAGCAGCGACGUGCAAAAUGUGGUGUAAGGUGAAAGAUACUCCUAUAUUCUAGUGAUGCAAGUGUGUGUUCAAUCAGCGAGAAAGGAAACGUGUGAAGCGACGGUAGGAAAGGAAACCAAAACCGGAUCACAUUUCUUCCUUCCGGUCACGGGUGGAGCGGAAGUAAGCGGCAGUAAAGAGAGCAGACAAGAAAGAAGAAACGCCCGAAACGCUCCGGUAUAUCAGUGAAAGAGGGAAGAAGAUUAUACACUGCUGUGUGUCGCGCUAGGCCACAUUCAUUCGCUCGGAACGCGUAGACAGAAAGGAAAACUAAGCGAGGUACAAAAACACACUCAGCAGACAGAAACCUCCGUCGUAGAGCGGUGGUGGAAUCAAAAACAGCAGGCGGGAAGCGGCAGGUGUCAAAGCAAAGGAACAAAGCGAAGGAACUGGAAAGAAAACGGGAAACGGUGCGCGCGCGAGCGAUGGUGGCCGCGUGUGGCGUGCGUGGGGAAGGCAGUAGGCACGAUCUCCACCGCCUGGCAAGAUAAACAAAUCCACCCAGCGAGGAAACGCGACCGAAAAGAACACAAGUCAGCAGCAGUAGUAGUAGGCGUUGAAGCGCGCACUUGGUAGAAUAUUUUAUUGGUCCGCCGCGCCCGCUUUUGGCACGGAGCAUAUGUGUGUGUGUGUGUGCGGGGGGUCGUAAAGGAACUAGGAGGGCGGUGGGUAAAAAUAGCGAAUAUACUCUCCGAAAAGUGGUGUGCCGUUCGAGUCGCGCAUAUUUUGGAAAAGCGCGGUCCCAAAGCAGUGCACAACAGUACCCCGAGUGCUCUGCCGACAGUAGUGAUUCGAUUACAUCGCCGGCAAGAAGGAACGAAUUGUGUUCCCGGUGAAUAGAGCGUGCUUAAGACAGUGCAGAUACCCCAAACCACAUAUCUAGUUGCAAGAUGCCCCGGAACGGUGAAGCCUCGUCCGGCCUGGAGAAAGGGGUCAGCUGCUCGAAAACGGCCCCGGAAUGGCUGCAUCCGGAUCAUGUCAUCAUGAACGAAGGUGUAACGUUUGACGUGCGGUACAUCGGAUGUUUGGAGAUAAAGGCUUCCAUGAAGAAACUCGACUUCCCGACCCGAUCACAGGUGGCAAAAGAAUGCAUUAACCGGGUAUGCGAAGCGGCCAGCCUGAAAAGCUCCAAAAAGCGGCGGGUCGAUAAGCGAGUGCUGCAAUGCAUAUCCGAUACGCCCGAUAUGGAGCAUGCCGGCACGAACGUGACGCUGACGGUUUCGAGCAAAUACCUGUCGCUGGUGAAUGUGGAUACGGGCGACAUUAUUGCCAAGCACGACAUGCCGAGAAUAUCGUUCGCUUCCGGCGGUGAUACGGAUACGCUCGAUUUCGUCGCGUACGUAGCGAAAGAUCUGAACGAAUGGAGGGCCUGCUAUGUGCUGGAAUGUGGCGGAAGCCUGACGCAGGAUCUAAUCGCCACCGUCGGUCAAGCGUUCGAGCUGCGGUACAAAGAGUUCUUCAAGCAGCCGGAAACGCAAAACAAAUUCCGCGAGCUGACGCGCACCGACAAAGAGUACUACAACGACCUGCCGGACAAGAUGCCGCCCGAUCUGCUGACCGAGAACGAUCACCAUUCGUCGUCGCAGUCGCACAGUUCCUCCAGCGCAAAGCAAACACGGGAACGGAUACCAAGCAAUUUGAUCGACCUGAACACACCGCUACCGUGUCACGAUUACGUGAACGAUAAGCACGCAAAUGCCACCAACCACACGCACAGCAAUAAGUCAAUAUCUUCCAGCUCGAUCGUAAAGGAUGUGUUUGAUAUGCAACCGUUUACCAUAUCGUCCGAGAUUCAAAAGUCACAGCUGCUUACCGAAUCCUGGUACCAUGGCAGCAUUAGCAGGGCACAGUCGGAGCAUCUGCUGAAAAACGAUGGUGAUUUUCUGGUGCGUGAGUCGGCCGGUACGCAAGGCCAGUACGUGCUGACCGGCAUGCAGAACAACUCACCCAAGCAUCUGCUGCUGAUAGAUCCGGAAGGAAUCGUACGAACCAAAGAUCGAGUCUUCGAUAGUAUUAGUCAUCUUAUCAACUUUCACUGGACAAACUCGCUGCCGAUCAUAUCCGCGGAAAGUGCACUCCUGCUCCGGCAUCCGAUCCUGCGCACGACCGACCUACUGUCGAAAGCCAAACAGGCUCACCUAAACUUGCAGUAGUGUGUGCGAGUGUGUGCGCUGUAAGGAAGGAGAAAAACAUCGGUAAAUUAGACUGUAAAGCAAAAACUCGAACAUACAACGCAAACAAACAAGGGAAUGGACACGACGGUAGCAGAAUUGCGCCAAUAUCUGCUUCCGGCCAAAGCAAGUUAACCAAGCGGCGCGGUAGAGAGGAGCGCGCUGUGUAAUGCUUACAAUACGGCACAAGCGAGCCUCCUCUUCUGCACACCGGUGAGUAGUGGUAUUGUAGAACUGUAGAACUGUAGAAUCAAAAUGAGAAGAAGAUCUAUUUUGUUUAGUGCGCGGUGCAAACAGAACAUGGACAUGGAAAUCUAUUUUUUCGUGUUUAGUUGAGCAAUGUUUUAUUUUAAGCAUAUCUAUGUUGUUGCGAUCGUAAGAUAAGGCGACAUAAUAUUACCAAAAAAAUCAACCUGGCGUGAGCACAACGAGGGCACCGUGAAGCAACCAAUUGCAGCAGGACGAUUGUUUUGUCGAAUCAUACGGACAUUAAGAUUUACAGUGAAUUAGCGCGCCUCUAUAUAUAUAUACAAACUAACUAUAUAUAUAUAUUCACAUACAAACAAUGCAGCGCAGCGAUCGUGGGCUUUCUAAUUUCCCUCGACACAUGCUAAACUUCUAAUAUUAUAGCCAGCUGGGAGGGAUUUUGGAGAGCACUCACAGUAAGCACUCCUUGCUAAUACACACCGUCGUUGUACUUGUAUUAUAAUCCAAAGGUACAGAAAAAAAAAACAGGACAAUGUUUGCCAUUAAUUUUUUGAGAUGGAAUGGUGUAGGGAAAGGAAUACAAUCCUCAAACCGACAGUCUAGCUGCAAACAAAGCACAAACAAAACAAACGAAAAGUGUGAUCAAAAGUGUUAUAGGAAACCUGUAUUUGCGCAACUCUGAGUCAGCGUGCGGGAGAAGGCCAAACCGAGCGUAUUCUGAUUGUAGUUUGUAGAGGGACAGCAAAAGCAAACAAUCCCCCAGCAUGGAAAGAAAUAUUGCAGCAAAGCGAGUGAGAUGAUGAAGGUGGGGAAUGUCAGGAGCUUCCACAACUGCUGAGGGAAGGGGAUGGUGAGGGACAGAAUGAGCGAAUGCAGAAACGAAUCGACAAUGGAUUUAUCAACCUCUAUAUGCACGCGUAACAAAUUUACACACAACAAGCAUGUUGUACUACGUACGUGCAUACCUAUACAUAUAUAUAUAUAUGUAUAUUGGGCGCUCACCAGUGACGAUGGUGCCGAGAGGAAAACAGGCGUUAGGGGAUGAAAAGCAAUUCAUACAGUCAUAUACUGUUAAGCAGUAUGUGAGAUACAACCAACAAUCCAAUCGCAAUCUAUUCCCAUUUUGUUUCGUCGCUCCGUUGCACUAGUGCACAAAAGACGCAAUUUUGAGAGGUAUUUAUUUUUUUGGGACACUUUAUUUUGCAUGUUGCAUUACCGUUGAUCGAAAGCAAGUGUUUUGCGUCCGUUAUUAUGCCCUGACGCGAGCGAGUGCAGCCGCACAAAGCAUUGUAUUGUGUGUAACUGUUUUACAUUUGCCUUUUUACUACUACUUUUACUAACUACGAGACACAUACCGACACUAAAUAGUUACAAAGGAAGAAACAAAUCUCCUAACACAGUUACAAGAAAGAGAAAUAUUUAAAAAAUGUUUGUUUUAUUUUGUACAACUAAUCUACUCACAGUUGCAAUGGGGUCAGACAGACUAAAAUUUAGCGCAAGCAACGUAAACGCCUCAUCUGAUGGUUCACUUAAAGGGAAGGGAUAGUAUUGGAACCUUUGUGCAGACACAUAGACCAUAUAUAAUACGGAACUCACAUCUUGCGAGGGGAGAACGGUACACACUAUUAAAAGAAAGACUUCUGGUGAUUAAUUAUUAAUUCCUUUUUUCUGCCAUCGAAACAGUCGUUAGAUAUUAUAAAACAAAACACACACUUGUAAUUCCACGGGGUUUUACUGGCUAGAGGUCAAUGUCAACCGAUCAAGGCUCUUCGUGAGCAAUGGCUUAAGGAUAGCUGAGUGAGUUUGAAUCCUACUGGCGAAUGGAUCAAUUUAAGUAAUCCAAACCAUUUCUUUAGGACAAAAUUUCGCGCCCAAUCCUUGACUAAUUUGAAAGUCAAUGCAUAAAGGAACGUUAAAGUUACUGGUAGUGAUAUGUUGACAUUUCCCUUUAAACCCGUAAAUAGUGUUGUGUCAAUGCGCUCUUUUAGGUGAGCUGAGCGAGCAGGCGCGAGCUACCUCACGAGCUACAACAACCAUGAGCGCGCGAGCCUCCAUGAGCAACAGAGCGAGCAACCACGAGCGCACGUGCAACAACAUGUGUGUGUGGUUAAAAAUUCCACACUACCCGAGCUGUGGGUGUCUUUUGGAAGAUUCACUCUCCUUACAAAUUUAAACAUAAGGAAAAAAUUAAACUUGUUAAAAUUAGCUACAAAAAAGAACUUUCAUGGGCUCACAUAUGUUCAAGCGCUCAAACAACCCCGAGCAUCGCGGAAGCCUAAACGCUGUAGUUGUUCGUGCGCUCGUUGUUGCUCACUUCACGGAGCUAAGCGUAUAGCGUUGCUCAGUUGCUCAUGACCCCAACACGACCCGUAAAUAGCUACCAAAAACAGCCACUUCCUAAUCCACAACGGUGUUGUGGCUGCUGCCAAACGGUCAGCAAAACUGUUACAAUAGUACAACUUUAACACGCUGUAAACCAUAUUGUCCUUUUUUCUGUUAGUUAACUCAGCGGUGAAGCUUCUAUUUUUCUACUUACAAUUACAACCUUUCUCAACCACACAAAUAUUACUACAAGCAACUACUAGGGCUAAUUGCGGUACGGACGGACAAACACAGACCCAGACAGCGCGAAGGGUUAAAGUGUGUUAAAAAAUGUGGACUUCUGGCAGACGCGGGCCGUUUCUUGGAAGGGCCGACGGGAAGGUACAAGACGUGAACGAGAAGGAGAAGAGCAAACGGAUGACAAGAAUGGGCUGGAGGGAAGGGUGGAUGGAUUCAGCCAACCAAGCAAAGAGUAAGCUCGUAUCCAGUGUAUGAGUUAGCCAUUAUCAUGAUGAUUAUGAUUAUUAUUAUUAUAAAAUUAAAUAAUGUUUCUGAGUA